AUGGAUCUGGAUGCUGAAACCCCGGGAAGUCCAGAGGCUCCGGUCGUGGAUCAGCAGGGUCGAUGGAAGCACCUUUACAAUGUUUUAAGCAAACCCGGGCCUUAUACAGAUGAAGAUUGGGUCCCUGGACCAGAGACCAUCCAGUCUCUCGAGUCAUCCAAGAUUCUUGGCGCCGGAGGACUAGGAUGUGAAAUCUUGAAGAACCUCGCUCUCUCCGGAUUCAAAGACAUCCAUGUGAUUGAUAUGGACACCAUUGACAUUUCAAAUCUAAACCGCCAGUUCCUCUUCCGCCAGGCGGAUAUUGGAAAGCCCAAAGCCGAAGUUGCUGCCGCUUUCGUCCAAAAGAGAGUGAAGGGAGUCACCAUCACGCCCUAUGUUGGCAAAAUCCAGGAUAAGGAUGAAGAUUACUACAUGCAGUUUAAGAUUGUAAUCUGUGGGCUGGACAGUAUCGAAGCCCGCCGCUGGAUCAACGCCACACUAAUCUCGAUGGUCGACAUGGAAGACCCUGAGAGUUUGAAGCCGUUGGUCGACGGAGGAACUGAAGGUUUCAAGGGACAGGCACGUGUUAUUCUGCCAACUUUAUCAUCAUGCAUUGAGUGUCAACUUGAUAUGCACGCCCCUCGUCCAGCAGUUCCCCUCUGCACCAUUGCCACUAUUCCACGUCAGCCCCAGCAUUGCAUUGAAUGGGCCCAUCAGAUUGCAUGGCAAGAGAAGCGCAAAGAUGAUACCUUUGACAGUGAUGACAUGGAACAUAUCUCGUGGGUGUACAAUGCCGCCUAUGAACGUGCACAGCACUUCCACAUCCAUGGUGUCACCUUCCAGAUGACCCAGGGCGUUGUCAAAAACAUCAUUCCCGCUAUUGCAUCAACCAAUGCCGUAAUUGCUGCAUCCACUACUUCCGAGGUGCUCAAGAUUGCUAGCUCCUGCAACCCAUACUUGGACAACUACAUGAUGUAUGCCGGCGAGGAAGGGGUGUACACCUACACCUUCGAGGCUGAGAAAAAGUCCGACUGUCCUGUGUGUGGUAACCUUGCUCGGAAGAUGAACGUGGAUCGCAAUAUGACACUGGGUGAAUUCAUUGAGAGUCUGGGUGAGAGGGCCGAGUCUCAACUGAAGAAACCGAGCAUGCGGACCGAAGAGAAGACCCUCUACCAACGUUUCCCACCUCAGCUGGAAGAAUCGACAAGACAUAACUUGAAACUUAAGCUGGCAGAUCUGAUUGAGGACGGCCAAGAGAUCGCCGUUAGUGACCCAGCCUACACUAUCGAUUUCCGCUUCCGCCUCAACUUCAGUUGA